GCAUUAAGUAUGCCAUUAUAGUAUAAGAUAUGACGAAGGGAAUUAAGAAAUCUGUGUGUAUUCUCCCAAAAUUAAGAUAUCAUGGAAGUUUCUCUGUUUUACCCUUCUCUGGCUCUGUUUUGCAUCAUCCUAGCUCUCAAACUCUUCCCAAGAAGAAAAACCCACCGCCGCCUACCUCCGAGUCCAUGGCCGGCGCUGCCCUUCCUCGGCCACCUCCACCUCCUCACGCCGCCGCUCCACCGCACCUUCCACCGCCUUUCCCUCACACACGGCCCCAUCUUCUCCCUCAAGCUGGGCGCCCGCCGCGUUGUCGUCGUGUCGUCGCCCCGCUUAGUGGCGGAAUGCUUCACCGCAAACGACGUCAUUUUCUCCAACCGGCCGCGCGUCCUGGCCGACAAGUACAUCGGCUACAACCACACCACCAUGGCGGGGGGGCCCUACGGCCCCCACUGGCGCAGCCUCCGCCGCCUCGCCGCAACGGAAGCGCUCGCCCCGGCCCGCCUUAACGCGCUGGGCGGGGCCAGGGAGGAGGAAAUGCGCCUAGCGCUGCAGAAGCUGGCAACAACCGGCGACGAUUUCUCGGCGGUGGAAUUGAGGCCGAGAAUCUUCGACCUCAUCUUCAACGUCAUCAUGAGGAUGCUGGCCGGACAGGGAAAUUUUUCCGGCGGCGGCGAGGAAUUUGGAGGAAGAAUUCAUGAGAUGGUUAGUGAGGUUUUCGAGGCGGCGCAGUCUUCGAAUCCGGAGGAUUUUCUGCCGUUUUUGGAGUGGAUGGAUUACAGAGGUUUGAAGAGGAAGCUGGGUGAACUGGGUAAAAGACUCGACGAUUUUUACGAGCGGUUGCUGGCGGAGCACCGCCGUGAGAGGAGGAGCACAAUUAUUGGCCACCUUCUGGCGCUGCAGGAAUCGGAUCCCCUAUUCUACACGGACCAAACCAUCAAAGGCUUUAUUACGAAUAUGAUAAUUGCGGGCACAGACACAUCAGUCGUGACAAUAGAAUGGGCCAUGUCACUUUUGCUCAACCAUCCUCAUAUCCUCAAAAGUGCUAGGCUCGAGCUCGACUCGGUAGUCGGAUCCCAUCGUUUAGUGGAGGAACAAGAUUUACUAAAUCUGAAUUAUCUUCAGAAUAUUAUCUCAGAAACAUUUCGUAUGUUCCCCGCUGGACCACUGAUGCUGCCUCGCGAAUCAUCGGCCGAUUGCAAAGUCGGCGGAUACGACAUCCAACGCGGGACGAUUUUAUUGGUCAACGCGUGGGCUAUUCAUAGGGAUUCAGAUGUAUGGGACGAGCCGAUGAGCUUCAAGCCCGAGAGGUUUGAAGAAAGAGAGGUGGAGAUAGAAAAGUUGAUGCCGUUUGGAAUGGGGCGGAGGGCGUGCCCUGGGGCGGGCUUGGGGCGGCGGAUGGUGGGGUUGACAUUGGCAUCAUUGGUUCAUUGCUUUGACUGGGAACGCAUGGGUCCGAACGAAGUUGAUUUAGCCGAAGGAGUUGGGCUUACUAUGCCCAAAUUGAAGCCCUUAGAGGCUAUGUGUAGACCAAGACAAAUCAUGCUCCAUGCUCUUCUGUAAGCAACUCAUGUUACUUGAUUGACUAAAAGUCUAAAAUCAAUGUUUACCCAUGAAAUUAUCUUAAGUAGAUUAUAUUACAUCGUUGUGUCUUUACUGUGGACUCAAUUUGGUGUGUAGUUGUAUUAAUCGAUUAAUUAUAUAAAAUAAAAUAUAU